GCUGAAAUUUCGGCAAAAUGGACUAGCCUGAUGCAUAAUAUUUUUAAUCAGAUUUUCAAGGUGCGUUUGAAUUCAGAACUCUUUUUUUUCCAGUUUUUCACAGUGUAUAUACAAUACAUGUAUUUUAGGUCAAACAGAAAAAAACACAAGUUUGAGGAGGGUCUUUUGGAGGAACUCAGUGUUUUUACAGCAUUUAGAGCAAAUCAGUGAAUCAUUUUCACCACCUGCUGUUUCACAUAUUUUUUUUUUUUUUUCAGUUGAAAAAAAGAGUAGAAAGUUUUUCAACAGCAACUCCACACACCACCACACAGAAAGUCAGCUAGAGAUGUCGGGAGUCCUGACAUGGAUCAAUAUCUGCGUCCUACUUCCUGUGACCAUACUGUUCUUCUGCUCUGUGUGUUGUGCGGGGCAAAGAUAUCAGGUUCCUGUUAACUAUUACACAAACCUCAUCCUCUCCAUUCUAAUCUAUCGCAGCGUGACGUUCUUUUGGUGGGAGAUACUGCAUGGCACCAUUGCAUGUUUCAUUUUCUAUUAUGCUGUGACGGCCAGUCUUUACUUCAAGUUGUGCAUUGCUCUGGAAAGGUACCAGUGUGUGUGUGUGUGUGUGUGUGUGUAUUGCAUGUCUCUGAAUAUUAUACUGAACUAUGAAGCAUUGUUACGUAUAAGUAUUGUUAGUAUUGUUAUGGUCUGUACUCUGAUAAUCUCUUUUUUGUGUUGCAGGUAUUGUUUCAUCGCCUGCCCACUGUUGGACUGCUUCAGACAAACUGAGGGUUCUGUAGUGAUCUGUGUUCUGGUCUGGGUCCUUUGUGGUGUUAGUGUUGCUCUUGCUAUAUUUUUAUAUGAAUUUGUACGUUUAAUUAUUUAUGCCGCCCUCCCUGCCCCCCUGUUCAUCUUCUGUCUAGCUGGGACACUUAAAGCUCUGCCUGCUGCCACCUCAGUGCCCACUGAAGAAAAACGAAGAACUGUAGGAACCUUGGUUCUGUUGCUGCUUAAUUACUUUCUCAUAAACCUUCCUGCAGUCACUCUAUUAACUUUGAACUUAGGUCGACGCUUCCCUGGAAGACUUACUGAUUUUAUUUUUAUGAUCUUAUUUCUGUUUAGUUCAUUGUUGGACUUGAUUCUGUUUGCCUUCAUGCGUAAAGGACCCAUUGACAGGCUGCUGGCACGUCUGUGCUGCUGCAGUAUGGAGAGCAACAACACAGGAGAUGUGACUGAUGUUAGCACAGACAGGUCAGAUCAUGUAGUCAGAGAUGAAGGAAAAGAGGAAAGAGGAUCCCAUGACAGGAGAGAUGGUGAGGAAUUAGAAAGUGUGAGAUAAGUAAACACCAUCCUUUCCUAAUAUUUGUCAGCUGUCCCCUCAGACUGUCAAUCACUUAAAAUCCUGUUCUUUGCACCUGCUGAGAGUAACAGGAAACAAUGUUUUGUUGAGUAGUUGAAUGUUGUAAAUGAAAAUGUACAAAUUAUUUUGCAGUUUAUUCUAAAUGGCGGCAUGGUGGUGCAGUGAUUAUGUCACAUAUUUUUUCUGUCCUGUCCGACAGUGUAGCAAUCAGGAUUGUUGUCUGAAGGACAAAAAAACCCAAACAAAUUUACAUUCACAAAUGGAGCAUUACGGCCUUUGCUAUAGUGCUCCACUUGAUAGUCUAAUGUUAUUAGGACUUUAUCAGGAUUUUUUAUUUGGGGUUAUUAUAACCGCAAGACACAAGGGUGUGGGACAGAAAAGAAAACAAGAAAGAAAGUAAUGAUUGGGAGAAAGUUAACAGCAGGAGAAGGAGAGAGAAAGCUAAAAUAACUUUAGUUUUCAGUCACAGUAGCAUUUGAAUUUCCUCUGAUCUAUUCAGUUAUGACAGUGUAUAAAGUAUUAUUAAUAAUAUUGUUGUUAUAUGUUAAUGUGGUUGUGUUUUUUAAAGGUGCAACAAAGUUUUUUGUGUUUUGUAAGCUGGUUAAAUUUCUUUGAAGCUGUGUUGGUGAAAUAAAAAAAAUAUAUUGAAAAGAAAGAAAUUAGUUGUUCAACUUUUUGCAAUUACAAGAAGUUCAUCUAAAGACAAACAGGACUUCAUUUUGCUAGUUUCAUAAAGAUGUCAGAGAGCAUAAAAAUCAACAAGAAGACUAAUCUGUUGGUGUGAUCAGUGACUGCAGUAAAACCUACAUUGAUGCAUUUAUGGUGUCAGUUGAUAGGCUGACUGUAUCCUAAGACUUUAAACUAUCAACCCAUUACAGAACCAUAUAGAAGCCUCUUAUAUCAUUUUAGGACCCUAGUCAUGUAGGUUAUUUUAAGUAAUUAAAAAAACUUCAAUAAAAAUUGAAGCCAAUGAAGGGAAACAAGAAAACUUGUGUGAGCACAGGAUAGUUUUGUUAUUGGUUUAGCUGCUUAA